GUGCCGGCUCGGCGGAGGUGGGUGGGGAGCGUGUGGCGGAAGCGGCUGGAGUCGGGCGGGUCCCCGGUGCGGCGCGCUUCUCGGCUCGGUGGUUUCUUUUUCCCCUCCCCGCCCCUCCUCCUCUCCUCCUCCUCUCCCCGCCCGGCUUCCGCACCCCUCCUCACCUCGUCCCGCCCGUGGCCGUCGCCAUGAUCCUGCUGGAGGUCAACAACCGCAUCAUCGAGGAUACACUCGCGCUCAAGUUCGAGGGCGCGGCCGCCGGAAACAAGCCUGAGGCUGUAGAGGUAACAUUUGCAGACUUCGAUGGAGUCCUGUACCAUAUUUCCAAUCCAAAUGGUGAUAAAACAAAAGUUAUGGUCAGUAUUUCUCUGAAAUUCUACCGAGAGCUCCAGGAACAUGGUGCUGAUGAGUUGUUGAAGAGAGUGUAUGGAAACUACUUGGUAACUCCAGAGUCUGGUUAUAAUGUCUCUUUGCUAUAUGACUUGGAGAACCUUCCUGCUGCCAAAGACUCUAUCGUGCAUCAAGCGGGCAUGCUGAAGCGGAACUGCUUUGCCUCUGUCUUCGAGAAGUAUUUCAAAUUCCAGGAAGAGGGGAAAGAGGGGGAGAAGAGAGCAGUCAUCCAUUACCGGGAUGAUGAGACGAUGUAUGUUGAAUCAAAGAAAGACCGUGUCACAGUUGUUUUUAGCACGGUAUUUAAGGAUGAUGACGACGUAGUGAUUGGAAAGGUGUUCAUGCAGGAGUUUAAGGAGGGUCGUCGUGCUAGCCACACAGCCCCCCAGGUGCUCUUCAGCCACAGGGAACCUCCCUUGGAGCUCAAAGAUACUGAUGCAGCAGUAGGAGACAACAUCGGAUACAUCACCUUUGUGCUGUUUCCCCGCCACACCAAUGCUGCUGCCAGAGACAACACCAUCAAUUUGAUUCACACAUUCCGAGACUACCUGCACUAUCACAUCAAAUGCUCCAAGGCUUACAUUCACACGCGCAUGAGAGCAAAAACAUCAGACUUCCUCAAAGUGCUGAACCGUGCCCGACCAGAUGCGGAAAAGAAGGAAAUGAAAACAAUCACGGGGAAGACCUUUGCAUCUCGUUAACAGCUGCAAUGAGGUGGAGUCAGACAUCUGUGGCAGAAGGCUGGAGCACUUGCUACCUGAUAAUCGUAGCUUUUAAACAUUGCACCUCUCUGGGCUCUUAAGGAAAUAAAUCCAAUCGGGUUCUGUUUUCUACACAAGUUUGGGAAGUGAUCUGCAAAAUCGAGCUGUGCUUGCAAGGACUUAAUAGUUCAAACAAAAAAAACAAACAAACCUUAAUUUCAUUUUGAUCAACUUUACUUUCUUUCCUCUUCCCAUCUCCCCUUUUUCAAGCUGUUUUGCUUUGCAAUAUGUUUACUGGUAAUGAGUUGCAGUAUUUCUUAUGAGGAUAAUGCAAUAUUAACUUGUUUUUUUCUUCCGAGUAUUUGAGUUCACAACUCCUGUAUCUGAAGAAAUAUUGUUGGGAUUCAUUAAUAAAGGAGAUCUUUCUAUCUUAA